ACUAUUUAUGAUUCACGUUGAAUGAAUAGAACAUUGUCACCAAUCAUAGUUAAUUCAAUUUAAAUUAUAAAUAGAGAAGAAAAAUGAGUUCAUGACUUUGAGGCCUGAUAACACUUGUAUUAAUUAAAAAGUAUAUCAGGUAGGUUUUAUCCCAACAAAUAUAUUAACAAAUUAAUGGAAUGGUCAGCCUUUUUAGGCGAUAUCAAUAUUAAGUUAAUAUAUUAUUUUCUUUGUAGUAAAUACUCCACAGUCCAAAUAAAAGAAUGGUAUUAAAAUUGUAUUAGAAUCUUCAAAGAAAGAAAAAAACAAAGGAAUUUGUGUUUGCAGGCCUUCUUUAUAGCUUUAAGAGAAGAAAGGAUAAACAAUAACCUUCACAGAGGUCUUUGCACAAAAGCUGUUAAAGAUCAGAAUGGUGGUGUGUUCUAGAAUCCAUCACUGUCACCCUAUAAAAAAAAAGAGGGGGUGGAGGUAACCUAAUUGAUCAACAACUUGGCCAUAAGCCCAUAACAUAAAAAGAAACUUAAGAAAGUCUUCAGUCUUCACCCUUUACUGCUAUGUACUAUUACUAGUUGCAUGUUAAGAUUUGCUUAAUUUUAUUCUUCUUUAUGUUCUCUAAAUAAACAUCUCAUUGAUUCCAAAGCUAGUAUAAGUAAUUUAAAUACACUAAAGUUAUUGUGAAAUUACAACAAAUAUGCAAAAGUGAGUUGGUAAUAUGAAUAAGCAUGCCAUAUACUGAAGAAACAAGCAAUUCUAACACAUCAUUGGCAUUGCAAAAGGGUACUAUCAUACUAUUUUCACCUUGAAAAUGAUAGAUUGUUCAUUGUCAAUUAUACCCUCCUAUCACAUUGUCAAAAUUUGAAGCCUAAGGAUCAUUUGGUCAAUUGCCACUUUUACUCUUACAGUGUUAACAACUUCUUUUAUCAUAGUUGUUCAUAAGAUAAGAUGGAGAGUCUCUUGAACUUACCUUUGUUGUGGAUAUAGAAACCAGGUUCAGGUUCAUUGAGUAAUUUAUAUUGCUAAUGCUAAAUAACAUUAUUUACAAGUAAUAACUAUAUAGUAUUUACUUGAGUUAACUCAUGCAGUUUUAUUAGUUUUAUGUGCCUAGAAUUUCUUACUAUCAAAUUUGGUUCAUCAUGAGAUUGACACAAGGAAUUGGAAAAAGUUCAUUUGAGAUCAUGGAUGGUAGGUGCAGGAAAGAGGAGAAUACAAUGGCAGUGGAAAUUGCAAUCCAGAGAGAGCUGGCACAUAGGAAGAAGGUGGCAGCACCACAUUUGAGAUCACCAAAUUCUAAUUCCACUAAGGAGGUUUUUCCUUUACAGGUUAAAUCACCAAGUCAAGCAUUACCAGGUUCAACUCCAAGGCUAUCUUUGAGUCAACACCUUUCUGGAACCAAGAGAAAGAAAACAUUAGUCAAUGCAGAGGCAGAUAAUAGUGUGUACUGCAAAAUCUGCCAAGUAUCUUGCUCAAGUCCAUUCAAUCUCAAGCAGCAUUUGAUAGGCCACAAGCACAGGGAGAAGCUGCUAGAACUCGAAUCCGGCGAGAAAGAUGGAACAAGUGAGAGUAAUAGAAGCUAUGAGAGGCAAUGGUGUGAUAUAUGCAAAGUUUCAUGUAUGAAUGAAGAGUUGCUGAAGCUUCACUUUCAAGGUAAAAAGCACAAGGCUCAAUUACAGAGGUUGGAAUUUGAUCAGCAAGGUGGUGUGCAGCUUCAAAAUAAGCAACAAAAAUGGUGUGAACUAUGCAAAUUAUGGUGCAUUGAUGAGUUUUCAUUCGAGCAACAUCUUCGAGGUAGAAAGCACAUCUUGCAGCUGCAUGCUAUGGAGAAAGAAAAAAACAAAUUAAAAGAGAAAGAUGCAUUGAUCUUAUGAAGAAAUAUGAUCACAAAAACAAUGGUGACAUAUAGGACCAAUUUAAUGUGCAGCAACUAUAUGCAAAUAUGAUCUAGAAAUAGUAUGCUAUCAUUAGUUUUCUUUAACAGAGACUCAGAUAAGCAUGAAACAUUUUUACUUAUGCUAAUUAUCUUAAAAGUUUUGUUCUAUGCAAUAUGAAAAUAUAAAUCAAUUUAGCUA